AUGUUAACCACCCUGAGAUUGACGGCGCGCCAGACGGCAGUCCGUCGGAGCUUUGCCGCCUUCACUCUCGUUGGCCGGCCCUCGUCAACCUGGGCCAAUGUGCCCCAGGGCCCUCCGACGCUAACGAACAGCACAGGCAUCACGGAGGCUUUCAAGGCCGACUCGUUCCCGCAGAAGAUCAACCUCGGUGUAGGCGCCUACCGCGACGAUGGAGGCAAGCCGUACGUUCUGCCGUCGGUGCGCGAGGCCGAGGACGCAGUGGUGGCGCAGCGGCUGAACAAGGAGUACGCGGGCAUCACGGGGCUGCCGGAGUUCACCAAGGGCGCGGCCGAGCUGGCGUACGGAGCCGGCAACCCGGUGCUGGGCCGGCUGGCAGUGACACAGUCGAUCUCGGGAACGGGAGCUCUGCGCAUUGGCGCCGCCUUUGUCGAGCGGUUCUACCCAGGGCCUGCCGGCGCGGCGAAGAACAUCUACAUCCCGGCGCCGUCGUGGGCGAACCACGCGGCCGUGUUUAAGGACGCCGGCCUGACGGUGCAAAAGUACCGCUACUACAACCCGGACACGAUCGGCCUGGAUUUUGAGGGUCUUCUGGCAGACGUGCGGGCGGCUCCGAGCGGCUCCGUCUUCCUCUUCCACGCCUGUGCGCACAACCCGACCGGUGUCGAUCCGACCGAGGCGCAGUGGAAGGAGAUCGAGGCGGCGGUGCGCGAGAGCGGCCACACCGUCUUCUUCGAUAUGGCGUACCAGGGCUUUGCCAGCGGCGAUGCCGACCGCGACGCCUUUGCGGUGCGCUACUUUGUCGAGAAGGGCCACGAGCUCGUGCUGGCGCAGUCGUUUGCCAAGAACAUGGGCCUCUACGGCGAGCGUGUCGGCGCCUUCAGCGUCGUCUGCUCCGACGCGGCCGAGGUUAAGCGCGUCGACAGCCAGAUCAAGAUCCUCGUGCGGCCUCUGUACUCGAACCCUCCCGUUCAUGGCGCCCGCGUGGCUGCCGCGAUCCUCGCAUCGCCCACCCUUCGUGCCCAGUGGCUCGCCGAGGUCAAGGGCAUGGCCGACCGCAUCAUUGCCAUGCGCUCGCUGCUGCGCCAGAACCUCGAGACGCUCGGGUCCAAGCACGACUGGUCGCACAUCACCAGCCAGAUCGGCAUGUUCGCCUACACCGGCCUCACGCCCGAGCAGAUGGACCUCCUGGCCAAGGAGCACUCUGUCUACGCCACUCGUGAUGGCCGCAUCUCGGUUGCCGGCAUCACCAGCGAAAACGUCGGCCGUCUGGCCGAAGCCAUCUUCAAGGUCAAGGGUUAG